AUGACGAUGGGCUCCGCCGCCUCCGACACCGUCGUCGUGCCCCGCAACUUCCGGCUGCUGGAGGAGCUGGAGCGCGGGGAGAAGGGCAUCGGCGACGGCAGCGUCAGCUACGGCAUGGACGACGGCGACGACAUCGUCAUGCGCUCCUGGACCGGGACCAUCAUAGGGCCCCUCAACUGCGUGCACGAGGGUCGCAUCUACCAGCUGAAGCUGGUGUGCGACAAGGACUACCCCGACAAGCCGCCGGCCGUGCGGUUCCACUCCCGGAUCAACCUCGCCUGCGUCCACCCGGACACCGGGGUGGUGGAAGCCGACAAGCUGCCGACGCUGCGGGAGUGGCGGCGGGAGUACACGAUGGAGCACCUCCUGACGCAGCUCAAGAAGGAGAUGGCCGCGCCGCACAACCGCAGGCUGCCCCAGCCCCCCGAAGGCACCUUCUUCUUCUCCGAUUAA